AUGUACUUAAGAUACUCUGCGAUAUGCCCCCUCCCGGUUGAUCCAGCCUUCGGCCCGUCAGUCAUGGCCAGAGGAUUCCCUUCUCCGCCGACCGUCAUAUAUCCUCCGUUGUCCUUGCCGACCUUGCUAAACCGCAUCUUGACCCACCAGGCCGGUCCAGCUUUCAUCACCACCACGCUUGUAGUCUGUUCAACCCGCCAUGCUUUCCUGCAGCGCCUUCUGUCCCAUCUCGAGCAACCAGAGGGGGGCGGUCAGAGCGAUGAGCAAGGCCGAAUAACCCUGGAGCACUUGAUCAUACCCACCCUACGCAACCUGGCAACAGCGCGACAUGUGCAUGUCACCUACUGCGCGUCGGUGCAAGCAUUGCUCGCUUACUUGUCAACAUACAGUGGGGCGGCGGAGGAAGAGGCCGCCAGUCACCCAAGCAUGACGAACGAGAGAGUUGUCCUCGUCAAUCCUCUUGCAUUGCACGCCGGUACCGUGUCAUACUCGGCCCAAGGCUUGUCGAGAACGUUCGCAGCCGCCGUGGAAGCGGCCACCAGACUCGACGUUAGUCUUGUGCUUGCAGAGUGCGACCAGAUACCAACUACUGGCGAGUCAAGCCAACAAGAAGAUGACAUGGAUGUGAUCACGCAAAGAAACGAAGAGCUACCACAUACCGACAGCAACGUGCACCUGGUCUCGGAUCCAUGGGAGCAGGAAGUGUCCGUCUUGAGUGCCUCGAUGAAUAAAUUCGGCUCUGGAAGUGAGCGACCAUGGGCGGGACGGACGGUCAAAGUGAAACGGAUUGCUGCGAGGUGGUUUGAGUUUCAAGGGUGGAAAGAUACAGGCAACCGGGGCGCCCAGAACAGUUGA